AUGUCUGGCGACCUAAUUAUAUCUGGUGAUUGUGGUGGCACGAAUACCCGCUUAUCACUCUGGCUUAUUCCCAAGGGUUCCGUGGCUUUUAAAGGCUCUGUAGCUCCUGGCGAGAUCACAUUUGCUAAGAAGUAUCACAAUGAAAAUUACGGCAGUUUUUCUGAAGUCUGUCACCUUUUUAUGAAGGAAGCCAAGCUGGUCGAUCGUCUUCCAGUGGCCUGUGUAUUAGCCUGUGCUGGUCCUAUCCUAAAUAAUACGGUCGAGUUUACCAACAUAAAAGACGGGUGGAAAAUUGAUGGACCUGGACUUGAGCGGGAAUUAGGCAUUAUGACUGUCAAGCUCAUUAAUGACUUUGCUGCAAUGGGAUAUGGCCUUCUUACGUUAAAACCUCAUGAGUAUAUUGUCCUAAAUGAAGCAAAAAAAGAAGAUGGUGCACCAAUUGCUACCAUUGGAGCUGGGACAGGUCUAGGAGAAUGCUAUUUGACCGCCGACAAGGAUGGACAGUAUUCCUGUUUUGCCUGUGAAGGAGGUCACACGGAUUUUGCUCCAGCUGAUACAAUAGAAAUUGAGCUAUAUAACUCUAUCAAAGAAGAAUUGGGCUGUGAUCGACGUUUCUCCGUCGAACGGAUUGUUAGUGGUCCAGGAUUAGCUACGAUUUAUAAAUUCCUGGCCAACAAGUUUCCGGACAAAGUGGAUAAAAAAGUGCAUGCUGCAUUCAUGGCUGCCAAGUCACUGCAGGGAAAGAUUGUGGGUGAUAAUGCUAAGACCGACGCACUCUGUAACCAGGCUAUGGAGAUUUUUGUCGAUGCUUACGGCCGUGAAGCUGGUUCGGCUAUGCUCAAGUACCUUCCUCGUGGUGGAUUCUACAUCACCGGUGGCCUUGCACCAAAAAAUCUUGAAUACUUCACGCAUAAGGACAUUUUCUUGAAGGCGUGCUUCAACAAGGGUCGUGUCAGUCCAGCGCUUAAAGCUAUUCCAAUUUACCUGGUUUUGACAGAGGACUUGGGCGAGCGUGGUGCGCACUACUAUGCGUAUCAGCUACUGGAGUCGUACAAUAACAGCUUGUUGGGCAAUACCAUUGCGCGCGAGCGUGUUCACAAGAAAUAUGCUUCUGCCAACCACUUGGCCCUCUACUCGCUUAUCGCUGCAGUGAGCGUCGCUAGUGGUGUCGUGCUUGGAAAUAUGCUGCGAAAGUAA